AUGGCCUCUGCAGGACCAGACCAUGUUAAUCUGGGCCCCAAACAGGAGAAGAGCAUUAGGCUUGAGUCAGGUGCCCUUCCAGCAGGGAGACCUCAUCCGUACUGGGCCUGGCUCCUUCAGCAGCAGGCAAAACCCACCUGGAAUUUAGAGAAGAGGUAUGUGAGUGCUUUCUAGGAACGCAUCCUGCUGUCCUCAGGGAUCCCUCUGCAGCAAUCCUGCUUCUUGUGCUCACCGUUGUCGCUAUGCCACGCACAGCGCACUGAAGACGCCCUCCCGAGCCUGCCCUUGGCCCAGCUCUGCCUGGACCUGGAUGGGAGCUCUCUGCUCUAACGACGCUUCUCCAUCAGAGCCAAGCCCUGCAGGUUUCCUUUCCAAAGCCCUCUGGACACUGGGUCUGCCACAGGAAGGGUGAUGUCUUCCCUGUUGAUGGAAUCCUGUCAGCUGCCUGUGGUGGCAGAGGAGCACUCUGGGACUGGGGUGAAAGGUUCUGUCCUCAGCUUAGAUCAGCAGGCUGCCAGCUCCUGUAGACCAAUGCUCAGUGACAGCUCCUUCCUACGGCCAAGCAGUGCUAAAGUGCCUUUUCUGCAGUCACUGGAGAUGAAGAAGGUGGAAAACACCCACAGUUUUCCUACUGCCUCAUGGCCCCACACUAGGGACAAUGGAGACAGCUUCCCCAGCUGCCUGACCAAUAGAGCAGUGACAAGCAGUGACCCUAUGUUGGAGCAAACCACAGUCCCCUCCCUGAUCCCUGUGCCAAGCAGUGCGAUCCUCAGGAAGGACCAGUGCUUGUGGGAGGGCACUGAGAGGAGAGUGCCCAGCUUGGAAGAGAAGGAGCUGGAGAUGAGCCACUUGGAGACUGUGCAGCAGCUAGCCGGUCAGGCCACCAUACACAAUGGCUUUGGGUGCCAAGUCGAAAGUUCUGGCCUUACAAACGUGGACAGCAUGUCCAACUGGAACAACAGGUGGGAACAGCAUGUUGUAGCACAGCCCAUCCUGAAAGAAACCAUCGCUUCCCUGAACUCAGAGCUGGGUAGCCAUCGCCUUAACAGUAGCUCAAGCCUUAUAGGCACCAAUGGUGCUGUUGCCUGCACUAAGUGUAUCCGUGUCCGGCUCUUGGCCUCAUGCGCUGGCACUCCUGACUGCAGCACCGACUGCAGCACCAACUGCCAGCCCGUGGGCAUGCUGAGCCCCUGUGGCAGGGAGCGGGUGGUGAGAGCAGAGCCUCUGUACCAUGCUGCUGUCUCUGAAGUGGCAACACAGAUGUCCACCAUCCAGCUGGAGGAAGAGGAGAAAUGGCCCCAGGCUGUGGUCCCAGGAAAACUUGAUGCCACUGCUGAGCAGUCGUUGCUGGAGCUGAGGCAUCCCCAGGAUGAAGCAGAGGAAGAACUUCCUGAUGGCCUGGAUGAGAACUGCAGUCAGGAGGAGGAUGAGGACAGUGACUCAGAUGCUUUCUCUGUUGCUGGCGUGUCAUCCAGUGGCUCUGUGACUCUUGUAUCCAGGGUUUGUCAUGCGUGCCUGGCCCGGCCUGCUGAGGGUCAGGAGAAAGUGCUCAAACCAGCUCUUGUCUGCAGUUUAUUCCCUAAUGUGCCUCCAACUAUCUACUUCAGUACUCGGGAUGAGAGAGUGGAAAAGCUGCCUUGGGAGCAGAGGAAGCUGCUGCGAUGGAAAAUGUGCACAGUCACACCGAACAUAGUGAAGCAAACCAUUGGCAGGUCCCACUUCAGAGUUAGCAAAAAGAGCAAUGAUUGGCUGGGUUGCUGGGGCCACCACAUGAAAUCCCACAGCUUCAGAGCCAUCAGGGAGCACCAAAAGCUAAACCACUUCCCUGGUUCAUUUCAAAUUGGGAGAAAGGACCGUCUGUGGCGUAACCUGUUGAAGAUGCAGGCUCGCUGUGGGAAGAAGGAGUUUAACUUCUUCCCUCAGUCCUUCAUCCUGCCCCAGGACAUCAAAUUACUCAGGAAAGCAUGGGAGGAAGGAGCUAGCCGACAGAAAUGGAUUGUGAAGCCACCAGCAUCAGCAAGAGGCAUUGGUAUCCAGGUCAUCCACAAAUGGAGCCAGCUCCCCAAAAGGAGACCACUGCUAGUACAGAGAUACCUGCACAAACCCUACCUCAUUGGCGGGAAGAAGUUUGACCUGAGGAUCUACGUUUACGUCACUUGCUAUGAUCCCCUCAGGGUGUACCUGUUCAAGGAUGGAUUGGUUCGCUUUGCCAGCUGCAAGUACUCCUCUUCAAUGAAGAGCCUCAGCAACAAGUUUGUGCACUUGACCAACUACAGCGUGAACAAGAAGAACACUGAGUACAAGUCCAACUCAGAUGAGACUGCUUGUCAGGGGCACAAAUGGGCACUCAAAGCUCUCUGGAGUUACCUGUCCCAGAAGGGAGUUAAUAGUGAGGCCAUCUGGGAGAAGAUUAAGGACAUCGUUAUCAAAACCAUCAUUGCAUCUGAGCCCUACGUGAACAGCCUGGUGAAGAUGUAUGUGCGCCGGCCGUAUUGUUGCCAUGAGCUGUUUGGGUUUGAUAUCAUGCUGGAUGAAAACCUCAAGCCCUGGAUUUUAGAAGUUAACAUUUCUCCAAGCCUCCACUCCAACUCCCCGCUGGAUGUGAGCAUCAAGGGCCAGAUGAUUCGGGACCUCCUCAACCUCGCUGGCUUUGUUCUGCCCAGCAUGGACAGUGUGGCCUCAGUGCCACAGACAAGAAAUGGCUCUACAUGCAGUCUGGCCAGUGCUUUGAAGGAGAAGCCCAAGCCAGCAUCUGAACAUUUCACAGCAGAGAAGAUGAAGAAGGCCUAUUAUUUGAUGCAGAAGAUACCUGAUCAGGAUUUUUAUUCUUCUGUCUUGGACAUCCUGACCCCAGAUGAUGUUCGCAUCCUGGUAGAGACAGAGGAUGAGUAUUCCCGGCGUGGGCAGUUUGAGCGGGUGUUCCCCAGCCACAUCUCCAUGCGGUACCUGCGCUUCUUCGAGCAGCCUCGUUACUUCAACAUCCUGGUGACCCAGUGGGAGCUCAAAUACUACUUGAAUAGACACAAAGGUCUGGAGCUACUGAAGAACUGGUGUGUCAAAGGAUACCACAAUGGGACAGGGAUGGAUUUGGCCCAGAUGUGGUCGUUGCCAAAGUCUUUCUUCCUUGAGAAGAGCAGCAUUCAGUCAAAUGGCUUCAACAAACUGGAACUGGGCAGACUGGGCACACUCCUCCCUUCAGCUGGUGAGGACCUCACGAGAUGCCUGGAGCCCAGCCCUGCUCAGAGCUUACCUCUCAACAAGUGCACUGGUGGAGCUGACCAGAGACCUGCUGGCUGCCUCUCAGACACUGCCCUGGUGAUGUGA